GUUAAAUUUACACUAUUAUAACGUUGACGUUUUAUUCUUGGGUUUUCACUACAAGCCGACAACAUGUCUGGAGACGAGAUGAUAUUUGAUCCCACCAUGACCAAGAAGAAGAAAAAGAAGAAGAAGCCCUUCAUGCUGGAAGAAGAUGGUGGAGAGGGAGGAGAUGAAAGCCAACAAGUAGAAGCAAAAGAGAUCGAGGCAGAUGGUGGUGAGGAGAGAGAGUUUGAUCUCGAUGAAGAUGAGGGGAGGAAGAAAGAAGCAUCAGAUGACCUUGAUGACUUAAACUUCUUUAAUCAGAAGAAAAAGAAAAAGAAGAACAAGAAAUAUGCUGAUGCUGAGCUUGAAGAGGGAAUGAAGGAGCUGAAGAUCGAAACAGAGCCAUCAGACACACAAGAGAAUGAUGACUUCACGCUGCCUAUGAAGAAAAAGAAACCUAAAAAAGUCAAAGAGGACACAGACAGUCAAAGCAAAGAGGAUGGUGUCGAAGAUGAUGACAGUAAAAACGCUGAUGACAUCACGUUCAGCACACAGACGGGCCCUGCGUGGGCAGGAUCAGAAAGAGAUUACACUUAUGAUGAGCUUUUGAACAGGGUCUUUAACAUCAUGAGGGAAAAGAAUCCAGACAUGGUCGCCGGAGAAAAGAGGAAGUUUGUGAUGAAGCCUCCUCAGGUGGUGCGGGUCGGCACUAAGAAGACCUCCUUCGUAAACUUCACAGACAUCUGCAAACUGUUGCAUCGACAGCCAAAACAUCUUUUGGCUUUUUUGUUGGCUGAGUUAGGUACAAGCGGGUCCAUAGAUGGAAACAAUCAGCUCGUCAUCAAAGGCAGAUUCCAGCAGAAACAGAUAGAGAACGUCUUAAGAAGAUACAUAAAGGAAUACGUGACCUGCCACACGUGUCGUUCUCCAGACACCAUCCUGCAGAAGGACACGCGCCUGUACUUCCUGCAGUGUGAGACGUGUCACUCGCGCUGCUCCGUCGCCAGCAUCAAGACCGGCUUCCAGGCCGUGACGGGCAAGAGGGCACAGCUGCGCGCCAAAGCCAACUAACAGCUGAGCAUAAACCCGCUCCAAACCCAACAAACCCCCUCACACAUCCAGCUCUGCAGAGCUCCAGACGGGCUGUACGCGCGCUCGUGGGUUUGUUGGGUCUGGAUGUGGAGCGUCGCAGGGAAACCGAAAGCCUGAGGGAUUUUAUGAAUGAACUGUUGGUGAAAUCUGUUGUCGCUGUAUUACCUUCAGAAAAAAAACUAAACAAUUGAAAUAAAAUGCAUACCAGCUGGGCAAACACUC